GUAUACAGCAUGAUUGGGCAUAUGUGCACAUACGAGAUAGAUAUCGUCAGUUGAACGUGUCCGUUUCAACUAUUAUUUUUUAACGGCUAUAAUGAAUAGAUCAAAAAAAAUUAAAAAAUAUCUCUUUAAUUUUAAGAACUAAUAUCAUCAACAUUCUGAAUAUCCUUAUUAGGUAUAUUUUUAUUUUACAUUUUUGAAAUUGGCAAUAUUAUGUUCACUGCAAUGCAAUUCUGCGAUUUGCGACUCGUCUUACUCGUUCCUUCUUUCUGGAUGUAAUCAUAGUGUUACAAAAAACGGCUUAACAACUUAGCGUUAAUUGCCAUGGGAGAUUCAGGCAAUCCACCGGAUCUCUUGUCUGCUGCCCUCUGUGAGAGUGGACUUUCAUUAGAUGAUAUAUUGAACCCGUCUAUGGAGGAGGAUGAUGAGACAAAUUCUCUCCCAGCUGAUCCCAGCAGUGUGUUGGCUCAGGCCAUGGCUGUCAGUGGUGUUGAGGAAGACGAAGAAUCAGAUCCUCUUCUAGAGAUGUUACAACAUACACCGUCAAGCUCAAACAAUGGGCCUCAGAAUGUAAUCAGUACUGCCAGGGCUUUCACAGAGAACCAUCAGCCUGUCACUCCAACAUCCUCCAAACAAACCAUAGUCAUUCGGCAAGUGUCCGCGGCAUCGUCAACAAGCCUCGCCUCACCGGCCAGUGUGCUAAAGAUCAUCAGCAGUAAACCUGAUGGUCAGCAAAUAGUCACCACCAAGCCCAUCAUUCUGACCACUACAACAUCCGAGAAGGGACAAACCAGCUCUAAUACUUUAUCAAGACUCAACACAAUCAUGGGAGGGACACCAUUGAACAAGCAGUUUGUCAAGUUUUUGGUUAAGCCAUCAAGCCCGGGUGUGCAGCAAGCAACCAAGAAGACGAUAGUCCUCAAUGAUACUGCUAAGCCACCAGGUCUUACCAGAUCAUAUACAGACUCGGCCCUUUUGAAAUCAGAUGGUGUUCGAACUAUUCAAACAGUCACAAAACCAGCGGGUUUGUUCAACAGAUCAUCUUCACCAAGUGUGAUCAGGAACGGAUCAACUAUACCUCGGUCAGCUUCUUUUCAACUACCAAGGAGAGAUGACCCCUCAGUAAAGAUGAAGACACCUUUCUUUCCUUCAACUUCGCAGGGAGUAAACAAAACAUUAACUGUUACAAGGCGGCAUCCCUUCCGUAUCAUUGAUGAUGACGAUGAUGAUUUGGAUGAUGAUGAGACCUUAGGCUUUGCUGACACCUAUGCAAAUUAUACUCCGAGUAAAUUGAAGGUUGGUGUAAAUCACCCUGAUGCUGUCGUAGAGACGAGUUCACUUGCCAGCGUGCAGCCCCCUAAUGUAUGGUAUCAUCUGAGUAUACCAGAGAGCACUAUGGAUUACGGGCAUCUAUCCUCAUUGCAGCUUGAAGCAAUCACGUAUGCCUGUCAGCAACACGAGACAAUACUGCCAAAUGGAACUCGCGCUGGCUUCCUUAUAGGUGAUGGCGCUGGUGUAGGGAAAGGAAGAACAGUAGCGGGGGUUAUCCUUGAGAACUAUCAUCUUGGCAGGAAAAGAGCUCUCUGGUUGAGUGUUUCAAACGAUCUGAAAUAUGAUGCUAUGAGAGAUCUAAAGGACAUAGGUGCUGGCAAUAUUCCUGUCCAUUCUCUCAACAAGUUCAAGUAUGCCAAAAUCAACUCAACGGAGAAUGGUCAUGUGAGGAAGGGCGUCAUCUUUGCUACCUAUUCAUCCCUAAUAGGAGAGAGUCAGAACCGUAGCAAGUAUCGCACUCGCCUCAAACAGAUCCUGCAUUGGUGCGGAAAGGACUUUGAUGGAGUUAUUGUAUUUGAUGAGUGUCACAAAGCCAAGAACCUUGUACCCACAGGAUCAUCCAAGCCAACAAAGACUGGUAUCACAGUUCUAGAGCUACAGAAACAACUCCCCAAGGCCAGAGUGGUAUAUUGCAGUGCUACAGGUGCUUCUGAGCCUCGAAACAUGGCAUACAUGUCUCGUCUUGGUAUCUGGGGGAAGGGUUCAGCUUUCCCCGACUUCAAUGCAUUCAUCCAAGCCAUAGAAAGAAGAGGAGUUGGUGCUAUGGAGGUUGUGGCUAUGGACAUGAAGCUUAGAGGAACGUACCUUUCAAGGCAGCUUAGUUUUCAUGGAGUUACUUUCAAGAUCAAAGAGGUGUCUCUAUCGGAAUCAUUCAAACGUAUCUACAACAAAUCAGUCAAGCUGUGGCACAUGGCGAGAGACAGAUUCCAGAGGGCGGCCAAAUUAAUGGAUGCUGACCAGCGAAUGUGCAAGUCAAUGUGGGGUCAGUUCUGGUCAGCUCAUCAGAGAUUCUUCAAGUACCUCUGCAUAGCAGCUAAGGUCAAGCAUGUGGUCAAGCUGGCCAGAGACUCGGUCAAACAUGGAAAGUGUGUUGUAAUUGGUCUUCAGUCGACUGGUGAAGCAAGGACGUUAGAUGCCCUAGAAGAAGCAGGAGGGGAACUCAAUGAUUUUGUCUCGACAGCGAGGGGCGUAUUCACCACACUGAUAGAGAAGCACUUCCCCGUGCCUGAUCGUAACAAGACGAUGAGUAUGCUGGGACUGAGCUUCAACGGUAACAUGCAUGGUGAUGGCUAUGAAGAUGAGCAAGAGAAGAAGGAUAAGAAGGGAAAGAAAAGGAAAAAGUCAGGCAAGAAGUGGAAGAAGAAAGGAGUGACCAGAGAUUGGUGGGUUGAAGACAGUGAAAGCUCAUCAGGGGACUCUGACGAUGGCAGCGACGAUGAUGGCGACCCGGAGAAGAAGAAGAAGACUAAAGAGAGCAAGAGGAAGGUGGAGAAGGACGACGAUGAUGGCUUCUCAUCUUCGUCGUCAUCGUACGAUGACUCUCCUUUCCUCGAUUCCGACAACGACGAGGAUGACUUCAAUCCAUUUGGCAACUCAGAUUCAGACGAUGACCCCUGGUUAAACAGGAGUGGAAGGAAAAGCAAAGAACCAAAAAGCAAGAAGAGGAAGAAAGAUAAGGACAAGAAAGCUUCAUUAUCUCCCUCAUCUAAAUCUAAGAGCAACUCUCAUGGGGUGGACAGCGUUGAUUCCGCCGCAGACAAUGCUUUAAGAGCUCUUGGGAUCCUUCCGAAGACCCCAAGGUCUCUGUCCACCGAUGCAGCGGCUACUACCCUACAAAGUCUUUCAUCAUCAGUUCCUUCAGCUACAAAGAGUAGUGUACUACCUGGUAUGGAUGCAUAUGAGAGAGGAAGGCUGAUGAGACAAGAACUGAUGGAUAUGCUCGAAGAUCUAUCAGCUGAACUACCUCCAAACACUCUAGAUGAACUCAUUGAUCAACUAGGUGGGCCAGAUAAUGUGGCAGAGAUGACGGGUCGCAAGGGUCGAGUCGUCAGCCAUGAUAACGGAGUCCAGUAUGAAUCUAGAAGUGAAUUUGACAUUCCACUUGAGAUCCUCAACCUGACGGAGAAAAGACGCUUCAUGGAAGGGGAUAAGUAUGUAGCUAUCAUCUCAGAAGCAGCAAGCUCAGGUAUCUCACUGCAGGCUGAUAGAAGAGUAGCCAAUCAGAAGAAGAGAGUGCAUAUAACAUUAGAGUUACCAUGGAGUGCAGAUAGGGCUGUGCAACAGUUUGGUCGUACUCAUAGAUCAAAUCAGGUUGCAGCACCAGAAUAUGUCUUCCUCAUCUCAGAACUAGCAGGAGAACAGAGAUUUGCCUCCAUUGUUGCUAAGCGACUGGAAAGUUUGGGUGCACUUACUCAUGGUGAUAGAAGAGCUACAGAAUCCAAAGAUUUGAGUCGAUUCAACAUCGAUACCAAGUAUGGUCGUGAGGCCUUGGAGCUGAUAAUGAGAACCAUUCUAGACCUUGACACUCCUAUUGUAGAACCACCUGGAGGAAACCAAUUCUUUGUUGAAGUGAAGAAAGCCUUAGUUGGUGUUGGUCUUCUGUCCCACAAUGAGGACCAUGACAUGUACUUCUUUGAGAAAGAUUACAACAGUAUGCCCAAGUUCUUGAAUCGUCUCCUAGGCAUGGAAGUUGAUCUUCAGAAUUCUCUCUUCAAGUAUUUCAGUGAUACCAUGGUCACCAUUGUAUCAAGGGCAAAGAAAGAGGGCCAGUGGGAUGCGGGUAUUAUGGAUAUAAGCAAUGAGAGAAUGGAUAUCAGGAGGAUACAUACUGACACAUAUGUCGCUAUGUCAGGCAAUGCUACAAAUGAACUCCACAAGGUUGGUGCAGAGAGGGGUAUGUCGUGGAGGCAGGCAAUCGACAUGUGGUCAGAGCUUUCACAUCCUGAGGAAGGAUUUUACAUCUCACAGGUGAUGAAGUUUGGUCGUAAAGUGGCGAUCCUAGCCCGCUUUCCUCCAUCUAGCUCAUCUAAGAAAAGUGCCUUACAGCUCUUCAAACCAAACAUUGGUCUGCAGAGUAAACUUGAGACAGUCAGUGAUCUCAAGCUACGAUUCAGGAAGGUGUUACCUGAUGAAGCUAAACCAUUCUGGGACGCCCUCUAUGCCGCCUCUGAGAGCAAGUGUGCUCAUGUCUUCUGGAAAGGAACGUGCAAGUCAGCCAUGCUUGGUCUACCAUGUGACAUUGGUCUAAGACGUCGUACCUUCUUUGUUCUAUCUGGUGCUGUAUUGAGUGUAUGGGCGAGGGUAGAGGAGGUCCUACGUCUCAAUCCUAGGAAUGGUGCUGUCAUGCAGAUUAUACGUCUCAAGACCGACAAAGGAAAGCUUGUUGGUCUUCUCAUUCCAAGUAACUGUGUACCAGCUUUGAAGGACAUGCUUUCCAAGGACACGACCAGUUACUCAGAGACAUUCUAAAGAUGGGAUACUGUCAUGACUACUCAAAGAAUUACUUGAUGAAGCACUUGUUAAAACAUGAUAUUAAAGAUGGUCACCGGGAUCCUCAGAGCACUUCACAAUCUGCAAUUAAUCUUUGUUUAAAUGCCUUCUCAUCAGUGGGAUCCAGUUGAAGAACACUACUUACAGAACUCUUUUAGACAGAGCAUUUUACAGGCCAUGUUGAAAUGGUCACCUGAUGAUCCUCAAAGCCCUUCAUGGAUUUCAAGAGAUCUUGGAAUACCGGUCUUGUCAUUCGAAGCAACAUUAAUACACAUCUUAACCUUCCAAGAAUGCCUGGGCUAUGUUUUACAAAGAGUCGCGAUUGAUCCGUUCAACCUUAACUGUAUGGAAAUCCAUCAAUGUCAUAAUUUCUUCUUCUGGAAAUUUGCACUUUGUCCUUUGUAAACAAAGAGAAGCACACUAAAUUUUCAAGAAAACAGUGAAUGUAUGGAAAUGGAAAAAAUAUAUAGAAAAUAUUUUGAACAAAAAUGCAUUUCAGAUGUUGACGUUGCUGGAUUUCCAUAGUUGAUUGGAUCAAUCGCAACUCUUUGUAAGAUGGAGCCUAGAAGUUACUCUUAGAUCUUCUGUGAUCUGAUGGAAAAGCACUACAAAAAUUGGCGGAUUACCUCUUUGUGAAAAAGCUCCAGGUUCCUUUAUCUAACCUGUUCUAUUAAUGAAUCUGAUACAUGUAACAUUAUUCUAUGCUAAAUUGAGGAAAAUUUCUAGUAGAUAGACGAGUGUGAGGAUAAGCCCUCGAUUUGAAACUUGCCAAAUGGGUUCAUUUUGCAACCAGUUCAAGGAGUAGUAGUGAUCUGAAUAGUGAAGUGUCUCAUUGUAUUCUAUUUCAUGCAUUUGAAUGAUUGAUCAGUGCUAAUAUUCAUUGAGGUAUUUAUUAAACAAUUAAGGUGAAUUUGUAGGCCUGUAUUCAUUAAAGUGUAUGAAGUUAAAUUAUCAUUUAAUUUGAUGGUGUAAUGAUUGAUAGCCAAGGACAUUCCAACUUUGUUUAUGCAUUUUUUUUCCUGAUUACUAGACUUUGAGUAUAAACACAGGUCAACAAAACUAUUAUACUUCUAAUUCUCCUCCAGGCAUUGUGGAUACCAGUACGGAGGAAAAAAUUAAUUAUUUACUUUGAAGGGGUAUAUUCUUUUGGUAUUGGGGCUAUUAUUGUACUAAUUGAGGCCAUUCUCUUUAAUUGUCAGGCUAGUUUUGCUGCACAUCAUGCAAUUAGGUAAUGCACAAAGUUAAAAGUAUUAUGCCUUAUGUACCAGUACAAAUAUACAUGUUCAUUGGACCUUGUCAAUAGGUCUAAAAAAAAUAAUGUGGUAUAAAAAGGAUUAGAGAGCAAAAAUGAAUGGCAUAUUUUGUGGGUGUUUGAAUACAAUGUUGGUCUCAAAGAAUGGGGGUUUGAGGGGGAUAUUUAGGGGCAAUUUUGGCUAAAAUGUGCAAAAAUUUGUCUGUUGCUUUGGGCUUAUUCCAAUGCUUGCAAAAAUGACCCAUAGUGUCAGCAUAAUAUUGAAAAUUUCAAAUUGAUAUGAAGUAGUGUUUCACAUUUGGCUACCCAUAGUCUAACUUAUGGAUUUAAACCAUUCUUUAACUUCAAUAAACAAGAAAUCAGAAUAUGGACCAUGGACUGUAGCUUGCUAUUCAACUCAGAACUUUGCAUUUAUGAAGAAAAACCUUGUGUGUAUUGUAAAUAUUUCCAUGAAAGGGAACUCUUAAGAAAUACCCACCAUAACAAACCUUGUGUGAACAACUUUCAUCAGUAGUGAUAAUAAUUAACUAGAAGAAUUUACAUGAUAAAAGCUUUUGGCAUUAUGACAAUGGAGGUUUGAAAUUAUUAUACCAUCAGAUCAUGUCACCAACCAAACUCUUAAACUCCCAGUAUAAUAACAACUCUUAAGACAGGAGAUUCAACUAUUGAACUAUUUUUCAAAUUUGUCAAUUUAUGACAAAUGACUUAUUUGAAUUUCUUCCUUCUAUGAAUUGCUAGUGAUUAAUUGUGUUUCACUCUUUUCCAAUAUAGUGGAGAAAGUUAAUAACUGUUCUUCACAUACUAGCUUUCUCCUUUUUUUAAUGAAUUAGAGGAGGUUCAUUGUUUUUGUUGUAACACUUUAUAAUACUAUUCAUAUAGAUGCUUAUCUGCCACAAAAUAACUUAAUAAGCCAUAAAAGUUGUGGCUAACCUGCUAUUAUGGAUACGCUCCUUUCGAUUGCAUAUGUGAACCAGGGUUAUUAGUGAUCGUAACAAUAUUCUGCCUCUACACUUUACUUAAUCAUUUCCGAAACAUUGAACAGGCAUUGGCUGUUUUCUCUUACAUAUCUUUUUAACAUAUAGAUGACUCUAUCAACCUCGUCAUUUGAAGGUCACAUAGAAAUGCUUGCUUCUGUCUACUGACCCUUGCCAAUUUAAAGGAUGUUUCCUUUUACUGAUUAGAGGGCUUUGUUUACAUCCUUGGCCUGGUGAAGACGGGCGUGUUGAAUGUGUUCUCAUUACUUGUCGUUAAUGUUUUCAUUAACGUUUCAGGGACCCAUUGCAUAACAUAACUUUUAUGAGAUAAUUUUGCCAUCCAAUGGGUAUUUCUAUGGAAUCGGUGAUUUUGAUUUUCUGUUGAGCAUUGUUAUUACUAUUGGAAAGCAAAGUGAAUUUAAUAGUAACUAAUGUGCAAUUGAACCCAGGUGGAAGAUGAUUUUGAUACAGGGAUGGAACUUUUCAUAUGAAAUUGGGAAUUUCUACCUUAAACGUAUUUUGGGCUUAAAUAGACUUUUUUCUGUAAUAAAAGGGACAAUUCUAGAUGAUUCUCUUUUCCUUUUUUCAAAAAUCAAUUUUAAGUGACAUCCCUGAUGAUACGCAUCAAUAUAUCAUGCUUAUUUCCUUCAGUGUUGCAGAGACUAUAAAGCUUUAAUACGAUAAAAAUAAACAUAUUGAACUUUGGCAUACAUAUUAAGAAAAAUCACAAUUCAGAUUUGUCAAUCAUCAUACAACCCCACCUUCCAAAAGAAACAUUCAUACCUAAAUUUUCCAAACAAUUUUAUGUUGGAAACUGCAUUUUCUUCUGUGUGACAUAGCUUAUUUGUUCUUUUAUUGGUGAAAUGAAAGAGUCUGAUAUGACUAUCUAGUAUCUAGUAAGAAUUUUCUUUCAUAUUUUUUUCAUGAAUAUGAAUUGCCCUGUGAACGAGGCCUCAUGCAGAUCUUGAAAUUCUCCUUUGAUAGAUUGACCUGUAGAGAUUAUCUAAUCAUGAUUUCUGCCAAAAAAGCAAGGUUACAUUGUUUCCCCCACCACAGUAAUCUCAUCUUACACUACACCUUAAAGCUAGCAUUGGCCAUCGGAAUUACCUUCUCAAAAUCAAAAUGAAGCAUCUGACAUUUUAAAGGAAAGAAUUUAAUGUUUUUUAGUCAGAUAAGAAAUAUUUCUUGAUAGCAUUUUAAUUUUGAUGUCAAAAUUUAGUUUGAAAUUUGAUGAAUCUAUUAAAAAUAUGUCUUCUACUUUUUAUAUAAUUGCCCAUCACUGAUCAUCAAAGCAACUUUGUAAUUUUGAUUUUUUUUUUGCUUCUCAGAAGUUGUUGAAUCUUAUGCUCCUAAAAGAUUGAUAAUAUUUCAUUGUGAGCAAUUUGUAGAUCAUUGAUUGAUUGACAUGGAUUAUGAUAUCAUUGUAAUUCAUAGUUGACAAUACUUUACUCUGAUGACAUACAUGUUUCUGAGAAAGAAGAUCUGUAUUGAACUAUUGACUUAACUGGUACAAUAUACACUGUACCUCUUAGCCAUGACAUCUUAAUGACCUUAAACAAUGUUGUAUAAAAUGACCCACAUUAUAGUUACAUAAUACCUGAUAAUAUGAGAGGAUGUUGGUUGUGUUUUACAAGUCAACUUUCUGAGGAUAUCAUUAAUCACCAUUGACUGAGGUCUGGAUACAAUGGAUGGGAUAGAAGUAGAGAUUCAUUGAAAAUCAUACAAAUAAAGGUAGCUUGGGUUUAAGGCAAACUCCCACAGCAACAAUUAGCAUCAGCAUCUAGAGUCCAAGGCAUAGUUUUAUGAUGCUUGUCAGUGCUGAUAAUUCUCUGAUAGUUACCAUAGUUACAGAGACCAAUGCUUCUCAACCAAUCAAACCCAAAGAUUUCACUGAAACUUCAGUGCCGACAACUUCCAUGAAAUCCCCAAAGAAUUGCCCGAACUGUCUCUGUUUCCAUACCUGGAAUGCAACACUUCACAAAGCAGAAAAUCAAGUAUUGUUGAAAGCAUAAUGAAAAAAAGUAACAAAGCUAUGUUAAACAGCAGGUGUGAAAUGCAGAAAAUAAAAAUCAGCUAUUUUGAAGUUAGAAUGAGUUUGAUAUUUUCCCCGUAAUCAGGCAGAUAUUAAUAUGCCGAUUGAAGGAUUGAGGAACAAGGUGCUUUUCCACCCCCCUUGUGAUUUGUUUUCCCAUUGGUCAGUAUCCAGGGUCCAUCUGUCUGCGGUCUAAGCUCACUUUAAUCUCGGUCUAAUCUUGAUUUCCUCUAACCGGUU